AUGGAGCAGGAGGCCGAGUGGUGUGAUGGUGUUGUGGCUGCGAGGCAAGGCAGGUGUCAGGGCGUGGAUGGUGUGGCUGCGGGGGCCCUGAGCCUCCGCCGCGCGCUCUGCCUUCCUCGCCAGCCCCGCUCCCGGGCACGGCUGCUUCCCUCCGUCCCUCCCUCCCACCGCCGCUCCCAGGCUGCUCCGCUGCUCGCCCGGCGCGCCCCCGACGCCUCCCAGCUCCUCCUGCCUGCCUGCCUGCCUGCUGUCGCCGGCUCGCCCCGCUCCUCCUCUCCGCCGCCGCCGCCGCCGCCGGUGCAGCAGCCUCCCGUGGCAAGAGGCCCGAGCGCGAUCCCUUCUCCAGGACACCUUCUCCGGCCCGGUGAGGGGGGCGCGAUGGCAACGAGCGCCGCGCUCUUGCAGCUGCUGGCCGCGGCGGUGGCCCUGGCUGCGGCGGCUCCUUCCUCCCCGUCGCCUCCGCCGCCGCCGCCUUCCGAGGACGCCGAUCCCUUCGCCGCUCAGCUGGGCGACAUCUCGGCUUGCCAAGCGCGCUGCGCCCAGAGCCUCCGGCAGAGCCCCCAGGCAGCCGCCGCCAAGGAUGCUAUUCUCAAUGCCUGUUACCGGGGCUGCCGGCUGUUUUCCAUCUGUCAUUUUGUGGAUGCCACUGCUGAGCUGAAUGCAACCAGAGCCGAGUGCGAAUCGGCCUGCAUGGAAGCUUACAUUGGUGCAGAAGAGCAGUUUGGCUGUACGACCGGAUGCAAGACACAGCUGCCGGAAAUGGAAAACAGAGGAGAAAACAUGAUCCAAGAUGAGAAACCGGCCUCCUUCUCCGUCUUUGACCUGGUCUCCAGUUUCUGCAAUGAUAUUGUCAGCUCUGCUCAGAGUUUUAUUUCUUCCACAUGGACCUUCUAUCUGCAGGCAGAUGAUGGGAAAGUAGUUGUGUUUCAGUCACAACCAGAAGUUGAGUAUCCAAUUCCUGAGGCCCAGGCACCCAAAUCAGAGGUUUCAGAGAAGACCUGGACAGUCUCGGCCCCCAACACCUUGAAACCACACACAGGCCUUCAGGAGAAAUUGGAGAAACCUCCCAUCGAAGAGCCCAAGAGUCCAGCCCCAGCCCCAGCUCAGCCUGUGGGGGAGUCUCAGAUGCCUCUGGAGCACGAUUUCCUGGGCUGCAUGUCCAAGCGUUCGGGGCUGCCCCGCUGGAUUCUGGCUGCUUGUCUCUUCCUUUCCAUCAUGGUGAUGCUCUGGCUGAGUUGCGCCAGUUUGGUGACUGCGCCGGAUCAACACGUCAAGACUCAGCCCCUGAGCAUCAAUGGAGACAAAGAGUACCUGGAAGACCUAGACGGAUCUGUGCCCUAUUCCUUACGCCCCGUCAUUGCCGUGGCCAUCUGCCCCAUGGAGGAGAACAAGGAAGCAGGCCUACUGCCGGUCAAGGUGGAUUUAGACAAGACUGUCCUCUAAGAGCCUUCCCCUGCCCCCACCCCCCAGCCCUCUUAAUGCCCCAUCCUCCUCUCCCUUCCUCCUGAGUUCCUCUCAACAACCACAACAACCUUGCCGUGAUGCUUCAGCCCCUGCCAUAGCACAUUUGGUCACCGCUCUUUCAUCCAGGAAGGUCUUGAGAAGCCCAGCAUUUUUCUGCAAGGCUCCGCUGGAACACCCAAGUUCAUGUCUUUUCCCCAGCAGCAACACUUUGGCUGUUGAGAAAGAGUGGGCUAGUGAGACCCUGGCUUUCAAAGGCUGCCAUUGCGAUUUUUGAACUGAACGAGCCCUGCUUGUUCCCAGCAUAAGAUCCUGAGGUCUUGGCCAGGGGAAUUUGGGGGGGAUUUUUGCUUCAUUUUACUGAGCGAAGCUGGGUGAUUCCCUCUGCCUCAACACCAUUUGGGGAGCUGCUGCUUAUCCUGGUUUUCUUUUGUGUAAAAGAAUUUUGGGGGGGAAUUAAUGGAGCGAUGCCUGCUUUUUAUUUGAGCCUUGGUGGCAAAACUCCAUGCAGAAAAAGUCAAGAGUUGCCGAUCAUGGUAAAUUUGCUGUUAAUUCUGUGCCCUGAUUUGCCUGACAGACUAGGAUAGGGUUCCCCCUGGACGAUGAUUUCCUGAGAAGCCACAAAUGCCCAGGUUGACACACUGCAUGAAACUAUGGUUUUCAUAUUUGAGAGGUUGCGCUGAGUUUCCUAUUUAAAUAGUAAACUUAUAUGGCCGCCCAUUUCAUUUGAAUAUGACUCUUGAGCAGCCUACAGCUAGCACCUAAUAUCAUAGCUGUUUUUUUUUUUAAACUUAAGCAUUCAAAUGAAAGUACGAUUGCAAGAGAGAACAUCUAUCUAAACACAAUAUAACGGUCCUGUGGACUUCCCGAUGGGAUCCCCAAGCCGGUUGGAAAAUCCACAUUUUCAGGGCUUUCUGGAAGACUAGCAGGAAUGGGGCUAUUAUCACCUUGGUGGGGAUGCUGCUUGAGAGGGCAGGAGCCACGGCAGAAAAGACAUGCCUUUCUAAGCCACAGAGAUAUACUUCUAUAUGCCUAUACUUCCUUCUUUCUUUUCCACUCCACACCAAAAGAUAUUUUGACAAACAAGAUACAAAGGGAAGACAGAUUCCUCUGGAUCAAUGUUUCUCAGCCUCGGCAACUUUAAGCUGGUGUGGAUUUCAACUCCCAGAAUUCCCCAGCCUCUUUCUGAAGUCCUCUUUUGGGACUUUGGCUGCCAGCAAAAACUGAAUAGAAUGGGACCAUAUGGGAUAUAGGGGGACAAGACAGACGGUUGAGCUUGAAAUUGGAUUAGACCUGUAUGGGAGCUAUAGGAGCUAUGGGAAACUCCUCCCCCCUUCCCAUUUCAUCUAACAGAGAGACAGUUAGGCAUCGGCUCGGGAUGCUGCCAUGUCCUCAAUUCUAAGAUCCUUCCCUUCUGAUCAUAUGACCCAGAAUGGAGCUGCCACCUCCUUCAUUUUAAGCCUCCUUGGUCACAUGAUCCAGAAUGGAGCUGUUUGGUCCGCCAUUCUAUGUUCCCUCCCUUCUGGUCAUGUGACCCAGAAUGGAGCUGUCCUUCAUUUUAAGCCGCCUUCCUCUUGGUCACAUGAUCCAGAAUGGAAUGUUAGGUCCUCCAUUCUAAGCCCUCUCCCUCCAUUUUGAGCCGCCUCCUUCUUGGUCACAGGACUCCGACAGGAGCUGCCACUUCUUCCAUUCCAAAUUCCUCUCUCUUGGCCCUCCUGACCCAGAAUGGGUUUUAUCUGAUUUACCCUGUGUUUCCGAGUUCACUCAGAGACAAUUAGGUGCAAUGUUGAACAAAGAGCAGAAACACAAUGCGUUAUUCCAAUGCCCAGAAGAAACCAGGCACUCGUGGCUACUGCUUGGAAAAAAUUCCAGAAGCUGUUCUCUGUUGGCUCUCCCUGUUUUCUUUUUCUCUCUUGUGACAGGAGUCCUCUUCUCUUGACUCUGUGAAUUUGGGGUCUGUGGCAAAAUCGGAUCACAAGCUAGAACUGGCCUAGAGCAGGUGUUCCUGAUCUGAGGAUGCUGAUGCUGAUCCCCUGUAGGCCUGCAACAAGGACCUGGUCUCUGGGACUAAAUAUUCCUCUCUUGGUACUGCAAUGCCAGUGUUUCUUUCUGCCUCCUGAGUCAGAUAAAGAACUGUCAGCUUCAUUCACACAACACAUUAGCUUGAUUAUGGUAGUAUUAACCUUGGUUCAGUUCUCUGUGAUUUAGUUGCGAGGGUGGGGAGUUAGUGGGUUUUUUUUCAAUCCCCUCUUCAUUAUUUUUAUAAUAUAACUCAAGGUGGCGAAGAUAACAACAACAACAACCCUGUGAAGUUGGUUGGGCUGAGAGAGGGCACCUGGCCCAAAGUCACCCAGCCAGUUUUCACACUUAAGAGGGGGGAACUAGAAUUCACAGUCUCCUGGUCAUUGGCCCAAAAUAACCCAGCCAGCUUUCAUGCCUAAAAUGGGUCUAGAACAGUGAGGGCUAACCAUUUUGGCCUCGCGUGCCAAUAGCGGGGGGAGCACAGGGGGGGGGAUUCGCACACGUGUGUGCCCACACCCAUAAUUCAAUGUGCCCCACGCAUGUGCGCGUGACCCCACCCCACGCUUCCCUAGCUUUUAGCACGUGAUGGCACGGUGGGCCUGGUAGGCCCAUUUUUCACCCUCCCCAGGCUCCAGAGGCUUUCUUGGAGCCUGGGAAGGGCGAAAACGGCCUCUCCCCCCCCCCCCCCCCCCCCCGGAGGCCGGAAACAGCCCAUUUCCUGACUUCCAGUGGGACUGGAAGGGUCGUUUUUGGCCCUUCCCAGGCUCGACAGACUUUCUAGGAGCCUGCGGAGGGUAAAAAUGUCCUUCCCCACCACCCCGGAGGCCGGAAACAACCCGUUUCCUGACUUCCAGAGGGCCCGGAAGGCCCAAAUAUCAGCUGGCCAGAACAUGCAUGCAUGCUGGAGCUGAGCUAGGGCAAUGCUCGCGUGCCCACAGAUACGGCUCCGCGUGCCAUAGGUUCACCAUCACGGGUCUAGAACUCAUAGUCUCCUGGGUUUUAGCCUGGUGUCUUCACCACUAGAUCAAACCAGCUCUCCUGUUGGUUUUAUUCUGCAAAUCCAGAACAAUGGGCAAACUCAGUAAUCAUGUUAAGUAUGCUAAGGGGAGGCAGCCUGUGUGCACUGUGUCUAAACACUGAAGCUCAAAGUCUAAGGUUCCCUCUCAAAGCUGCACUGUCUUUUUUAACUUAAAAAUCCCACAUCAUUGGGAAACACUUGAGCUGAGGAAACAAAUUAAGAGCAAAGGGGUGCAAGGGCUUCCUUCCUCAGGGCCAAUGAAGCAAAGCGAAGUUUGCUCCAAAAUAAUUCUCAACCGAUCGUCUGCCCUGAUUUUACUCAGAAACUCCUCUGAGUCGUAACAGGGAUACGUUGCUGUAGUUGUCACUGUUGUUGGUUCUAUUAAUUAUUAUUAUUCUGCCCUUGAUGAAUGCAGGGCACUUUUGCGAACCCAGGAUGUGUUUGUGAGCGAUGCCCAUCCUUCCACUUUCUCCCUUCUGCAACCUCCCCGUGUACAGUAGUAUCACAAGUGCAAAAAGUUUCUUCCCUCACAAACUGGUGUUAAUUUUUUCCGCUUGCUUGUACAUUCGGCCUAAGGAUUCUCUGUAUAUAGAUUUAACUUAUCCCCUCACCCCAUUUUUGGCUCUCUAAACUCCUUUCCUCACGUAUCAGGGUGUGUGUCUGUGUGUGCAUGUGGAAAAAAAAAAGGUGAUGUCCGUGACCACACAAACAAAGCCUCACACACACAAACACACAAAGAAAGGGUGGAUCUUUGAUCAUGAUGUUGUGGUCACCAUCUUGACUUCUUUUAAGCCCCUUCUGCAGAGACGUUUGCUGCAUAUUGUGAGUUGAAAAUACCGCUUGAAAAUGUAUGGGGCAAGAGCUGUCCGCAAUCUGGUGCCCUCUAGAUAUAUCGGGGUUGUAAAUCCCAGAAUGGGAAGUCAACAACAUAGCUGGAAGGCACCAGGUUGAAGAAGUCUGGGCGAAGCCAAUCCGGAGCCUUUCGUAUGGCUAAAAGGAGCUUGCUUUUGCAUUCAGUAACUUUUUAGAUUUUUGAAAGUCUUAACUCUUAAAUAUAUUCUGGCAUUCUUCAUAUGGGAAGAGUAUUAGGGAGGUUUAUAUAUAUAUAUUUUAUAUCUCUCUGAAGUUCAUUCACCUUUCAUCAAAAUGUCUGCAUCUACUUAUUUGCGUGAAAAAAAUAAGCUAUCUUCAUGGUACCUUUGUUUGUUCUGCCUGGCUUGUUUUAAUUCUCUUAAAAUUGUCUUUUCUUCCUAGACUCUACUUUUUCUUUUCUCUUGGGGGGAGAGUUACAAAGGCAUAAGGCCUUGGUUGAACUGAGGUGAGAUUUGUUGAAGACCUGUAUCUGCUAACUAUAUCUGUAUCUUUAAUAACCCCUUCUGUCUGUCUGAAAUCCGGAAAAGUUGUUUAUUUAGUUUAUUAAUUUAAAUUUUAAAGAAAAGAAACAAUAAAAAUCAAAGCUGUGAAAAGGAA